AUCAACACCUCUAUUCUUUUUUGUUCGUGGGUCAAUCAAUAAUUAAGUCUGCUGCAAAAUAUGGAGGGGAAGUUUGUGGUUAGCCUCUGUCUUUGGUACCGGCCAUUAAAGCGGCAGUUGAACUUCUCCUACCCAAUUUAAAGCUCCCUGCUUCACCAUUGCUACAUAUUCACGGGUGCCUCACUCUUUCCAACUCACUGAUCUUCAACAAUGGCUUCUGAUGGAACGCUUAGUGUAGAGUUGGACGUGAAGUCCGUCGCAGACAAGUUCUGGAAGAACAUGAGGGACUCAACAAUCAUCUUCCCUAAGGCCUUCCCCCAUGACUACAAAAGCAUUGAAGUCCUUGAAGGCGACGGGAAAGCAGUUGGUUCCAUUCGCCUCAUUACAUACUCUGAGGGUUCUCCAAUAGUUAAAGAGUCGAAAGAGAGGAUCGAGGCUGUGGACGAGGAAAAGAAGACAGUUUCUUACAGCGUGAUAGAAGGGGAUCUUCUCAAGUACUACAAGAGUUUCAAGGGGCACAUUGCUGUGAUUCCUAAAGAAGAGGAAAAUGGGAGUUCAGUGAAAUGGAGCUGCGAGUUCGAGAAGGCGAGUGAGGAGAUUCCUGAUCCUCAUGCCAUAAAGGAUUUUGUGGUGAAGAAUUUCAUGGAACUCGACGACUACUGUCAUCAGCAAGCAUAGACCCAAUCAUAUUAAGGCUAUGGAGAAUAAUAUGGUUCCUUUGUAUGCGUUUUUGGUGUUUAAUAUUCUCUUCAUCUGCUUCUUCUUGGCAAUAUAAAUUAAAUAAUCCUCAUCUUGUUCUAUCUAAGCUUGCAUUAUGGACUAUUUCUUUUGAUUUU